AUGGGGACAAAGGUCCCUCCCGGGCAACGGUGGAAAAAGGAAGAGGCGCCGCUGUGGGCACGUGCUACGGUGAUCAUCAUCGAGGUGAUCAUCUGGCUGGUGACCCUCGGCACAGUGAAACGUGUGGAGGCGCUGGAGGCGCUGUUUCACUACUCGCCUCACUGGAGGAAGCGAGACAGGGCAGAGGCAAGUAUCAAAGGCGCUCUGCGAACUGGUAUGGGUGCGGCGCGCCGUCUCGCGCGGCCGCUUCUUCGCAUCGAGACAGAGUUCUCUACGGAGUGUAGCAGUGGCGACAGCAGCGGCGCUCUCACGCCAUUAACAGCGACGGUGUACAGGGAGACGUUGAAGAGACGACAGCAGGUAAACGCGCGCAUCCGCGGCUACCUCCGCGACGUCCCGGUGGACGACCUGCAGGCGCCGUUUCUCGUGAAUGCGUGCACAUGGAACGUGGACCAGCAGGCGCCGCCUUUGUAUGAAGACGCCUUCCUGUCUUGGCUGAUUGGACAGGAGCUCACAGACGAGGUGAUGCGCUAUCAGGAGCACAAGCAGGCCGUUUUGGCCUACGGUGGCUCUCUCAGUAAGCCCCACUACCCAACCGGCUCCUCGACGAUGCGCUCCCGAAAAGCGUCUGCGAACGCCGGCUCCAGUGAGGAUCCCAGAAGUCUGAAGCGCACCACCGCCGAGGAUUUCCGCCUAGCUGAUCAACAGAGGGCUGCCGCCAUCUUAGAGAGAGAGUGGCAGUGGAUCGAGGCAAAGUUUCCGGACUUGUUUCUCAUUAGCCUACAGGAGGUCGAGAUGACCGGGACAGCGCUCGUGAAGGAGUCGACGCAGCGCAGCUGGGAGUGGGCGGACGCCAUCAUCGAAACCCUCGCCGCCGCCUCAGACCGCAACAUCGAAUACAAGAAGGUGCAGGUGGUGCAGCUCGUUGGGCUCGUGUUAAUUGUGCUGAUCCAGGCAAAACACGUAGACUACGUCUCUCACGUGCGCCUGUCCCUCACCCGCACCGGAGCCCUGUCCGUGCUGGGCAACAAAGGCUCCGUUGCUAUGCGCGUCACCAUCUACGGCAAGCGUUUUCUCUUCAUCUCCGCCCAUUUUGUGGCACACAAGCACAACGAGAAGCGCCGCACGAGUAACUACCAAGCGGCGCUGAAGGAUAUUCGCUUUGACAUGCCUGUCUGGUGCGACGACGAGAGCGAAGUGUUGCAGACCUUUCUGAACGCGAAAGAGGUGCUGAGCCACAGCAUCGAGCAUUCGUCCGUGCAGGGGAACAGUGCGUGGGAUCGCUUGUUCAGCUUCGGCCAUUCCGCCUUUCGGGCGUCUUUCACGUCAGCUGCCGAGACUCGGGUACUGGAUGAACACGACUACGUCUUUUUCCUCGGAGACUUGAACUCUCGCCUGCACGCGUUGCCCAGCCCACUCAUCAAAGAGUCGGUGGAGCGUGGCGAGUACGACAACCUACUUUGCCACGACGAGCUGCGCCAGCUGAUGGUGUCUGGUGAGGCCUUCGACGGCUUUCAGGAGCAGUGGAUUUCGUUUCCGCCCACGUACAGGUACGACAGAGGCACGGACGUGUUCGACACAAGUCGCAAGCGCCGCGACCCGGCUUGGUGUGAUCGCGUCCUCUUCCGCGUACUAGAGAACGAUGCAGUGACGGCGACAUCGAAGGGGGAAAUAUGUGCGGAGACGCCCGAGAGUUCAGCCAGCUUUGAGCCGCCCCUACACGACCUGCAAUCCCCCUCGUUGCUGGGAUGUGAUUUGAUAACAUCCGGGGUGUGGAUGUCACUAGAAGAGCUUGAAAGUAAGCACCUUUCCCCUAACUCGGCGGCACUAGAGAAGCCAGCCUCCGCCGGCUCUUCGUCGCUCACAAGCUCUGAAGACCUUGCCAGCGAGCGAUCGCUGUCGCGUGACGGGCAGGAUACCGGCGGCAUGGCCGCCGACGCCUCGCAGAACGACUUUGGCUCGACAGAUAAGCUGUUCCAGUGCCCCUCGACGUCAUUGCCGUGCCGUGCACCCACGCAUGGGGUGUGGGAACAGAGAUGGUGUGCGCCCACCUUCUGUGCCGCGCGUCGUCCACGAUGCGCACUAGAGCCGUCGUCGGGGGAGGUGCUUGUCAUUCCAACACGCUUUCCGAUGGUCACCAACCACAUCCAUCCGUUAGAAUACGCGUGUGCGUCGAGUCUUCGGCAAUCAGAUCAUCGCCCGGUACGCGCGCGGUUUGAAGUGAAAGUUAUUGCGAUAGAGCCGGCGUUGGUCAGCAAGAUCGUGAGGGAGGUUCAGCAAGUGAUCAAUUGA